AUAUUUAUAUAUUAUAUAUUCUAUAUAUAUCGUAGUUCACGUGACAAUAAACCACAGGAUUUUGCUAUUUUAGGAUAUCGUCACUCGUCAAAAAUAAACACUUUAAAGAAAAAAACCCUAACCAGCUGCUAAGGCAGAGUCCAUAGUUAAAACUACAGAAUUGUCAUAAAUUUCUUGUCGUAUAAUAAUUCAUAACAUAUAGAUUGAUCUAUAAGUGUUAGGCGGCAAUAUGGUUCCACCAAAGAAGAUGACUUUACAGGAGUUCUUCAACGAUGAAUCGUUUGGAGGCUCUUGGGUAGAUGAUGAUAUUGAUAUGGCAUCAAUAUCAGUACCAAUUGAACGAACUUCUCAUUAUAAUGAUGGAUAUUCUUCAACAAAUUAUGGAGGUGGACUGAGAAAUCAUGAUUAUAAUCCACCAUAUAUUGUUAAAUUAUUAAAUCUUCCUGUAACGGCAAAUGAUGCCUUUGUUGAAGAUUUAUUUCGAAGUAGAUUUACUACAUUUGUUAAAUUAAAAAUAGUGGCUGAUCCUUCUACAAAUAUUUUAGAAACUGGAAUUAUUAAAAAAGUUGCAUUUGUUGAAUUACUGAAUUCUCCUGAUUUAGCUAAAGUAUUAAAAUGGCAUGAUUUAUAUUAUAAAGGUUCAAGACGUGUAGUUACUGAAUUGGCAGAUUUUAAUGAUUUUCAACAUUGUAUUCAAUUUAAUAAUCAACAUGCUAAUGAAAUUCAUCAAAUUCAAGAAGAUUAUAUAGCAAAUAGACAUGCUCAAAAUCAACCUCGUCAUAUGGCUUUACUAGAUAAUAUAGAUCUAGAUCCAUCAAAAUAUCAUCCAACAAGAAAUAAUUUUCAUCGAAAUUCUUCAGGUGGAGGUUUAAGAGAUAUUUCACCUCGAGAUCAAAAUCUUCGACCAAUUCAUGCUCAACCACCACUUCAACCUCCUUUGCAUCAUCAAAAUAUAAUUAAUCAUCAAGAACCCAUAAAACAUAAAUCAAAUCCAUUUGGUGAAGCUAAACCAGUAGAUGUUUUAUCACGUCAACAAGAAAUUGAAAAAAAAUUAAUUAAUUUAAAUAAUACAACUGUACAAACUUUAGGACCAGAUGGUGAACCUGAAAAUGUUGAACAAACAAUUAAAAAAUUUCAUGAAAAGGCAUCACCAACUUUAAGGAGAUCAUCCUUAAAUUCUGGAUCAAGACGAGCUUCAAUUGAAAAUGGUAAAAAGCCAUAUUCAAUAUUAAAACGUCAAUCUCUUGAAUCAUCUGAACGAACAACUCCAAUUCCUAGUAAUACUACCAUAAAUCCUAUACCAACAUCAACUUCAAUACCAAUACAAUCACCAGCUGUACCAGAACCUAAAAAGGUAAUUCCUCCAACUUCAUCAUCUCCAGCUUUAAAUUCUCCUUAUGCCAUUAAUGGUUCAGGGAAAAGUAUGGCAGAAAUGCUUAGUGGUCAAGCUCAUGAUUCACAUUCUGGUACAGGAGGUAGAAAUACUCCAACAAAAGGUCAUACCCAAAAAACUGUAGUUUCUAAACCAGUAAUAUUGAAGAAAAAAGUUACUACAACUAGUUCACCUCAACCUAAGAAAUUAGAUCUAACAAUUAAAGAAAGUGAAGUAAUUAAAUUAGAGGAAGAAGAGAAACUUAAAGCUCAAACAGAAGAACAUAUCAAGAGUGAAUCAAUUGAUCAACAAAAUCCACUGUCAGAGUCUGAAAUAAAUAAAAAGAUUGUAGAUGAAGUAGAUAAAACAACUGAAGUUCUUUCAGCUGUAAAGAUUGAAGAGCCAGUAAAGAAGGUAAAAGAACAAGUAGUAGUAGAAGAAGAGGAAGAAAGACCAGAUUUUAGAAAGCAUUUAAAUGAAUUAGUACAGAAGGCAACAGAAGCUCCACCAAAAGAAAAGAGGCCAUAUAAAAACCAAUCAUAUAAUAGUUAUAACAAACGUGGAGGUUAUCAUAAUAAUCAUUCUUAUAAUAAUGGUAAUGGUCUUUCAAUUAAUAAUAAUAAUGAUAAUGGUAAUGGCAAUAAUAGUGCUAAUGAAGGUGAUAAACAAUCAAAUGAAUACAGAAGAUAUCGUUCUCAGAGGCAACCUUAUUAUCCUGGUGAUAAAUUAAGAUCUCAUUCACCAACUAAAAAUAGAAGUAGAGUAUUCAACAAUAAAUCUUCAAUAGAGACUACAACUAAAUCUGAAGAUACUCAAGCUAAAAGUAGUGAGGAUUCUGUCUCUGCAGAAAAAGUUGAUAGUAAUGUAGUAAAGAAUGAAUCAGUUUCUAUUGCAGCCAAGUCUAUUCCAAGAAUAUCUGGUAAAGAUAAGAUUAAAGAGAAUAAGAAUUCAGUUGAAAUCAUAAGUUCAAGUACAAGAUCUGAAAAUGGAAUUGAGAGUGAAGCCAAAGUUAAAAGUAAAACUAAAGAAAAUUUAGGAGAAAGUAUACGAGAAGAAUCUUCUGCAUCAGAAGAAAAAACUAUAUAUACAUCAUCUUCUACUCCUGAAUCUGAUUCAUUUAGAGGUAGAGGUCGCGGAAGAGGUUCAUUUAGGGGUCGUGGAAGAGGGUCGAGAGGUAAUUUUGAAGGAAGAGGUGGAGCUCGAGGUGGAAGAGGUCGAGGAGGUACUCAAAGUGGGAACUUCAAUUUACGUUAUGUUCGUAGUAAAUCAAUUGAUGAAUCUAAGCCAGAAGCUCAAACGUAAAUAAAAGAUUUAUUCAUGUGAUUGUUGAUUGUUGAUUGUAUUAGACUAUUGAAUUUUAUUGAAUAUUAUUCAUCAGUUGCUUAGUCUGCUCCUAUAAUAGUAUAGAUAUGUAUGAUAGUGUAAUGUAUAAUAAACAAGUUGUUUAACUUGUCGUGAUGAAUUUGCAGCCAAGUAAUGAUUAAGAGACGAGCGCUACGAAACAAACAAAACC